AUUGAGCAAUAUUAUUUUUUGUCUUACAAGGUUAAGUUCUGCUCUGUUCGGCGUCACCAGUGCGUGAUCGAACAGUUUUCGCAAAAAAACGCCAGAUAAUUCUCAAUACUUCUUUUUUUGCACGUAUCGACAGAAAGUACGUAAAAAAUGUCGAAGUGUCGCCAAAACUAUCAUGACGAAACCGAAGCUGGGAUUAACAAACAGAUCAAUAUUGAGCUGUUUGCGCACUAUUCUUACUUGGCCAUGGCUGCUUUUUAUGAUCGUGAUGAUGUUGCACUGAAAGGAUUUGCAAAGUUCUACAUGGAUUCUGCUAAGGAAGAACAUGAACAUGCUGAAAAACUCAUCAAGUACCAGCAUCUUCGUGGGGGAAAAGUUGUUUUUCAACCAAUUGAUCGCCCUGCCCAAGACAGCUGGGAAACCCCACUUGCUGCUAUGGAGUAUGCUCUAAACAUGGAAAAGCAAGUUAACCAGGCUUUGCUUGAUUUGCACAGAGUGGCUGACAGUCACAAAGAUUCUCAUCUGACAAAUUUCCUGGAAGAAGAAUAUCUCAAAGAGCAAGUAGAAUCUAUCAAUACAUUAGCAAAGUUUGUCACCAAUUUGCAACGUGUUGGUGAUGGCUUGGGAGUUUUUAUUUUCGAUAAGGAAUUGCAAGAAUAAUCUAAAAA